GAAUGAAAAACGUUUUUUAAAAACAGUCAUAAUUUGAUCCUUUUUUAAUUAAAAAAAAGAACGAAAGGAAGAAGAAGAAAAGGGAAUGAAAAAGAGAUCAAAAUUCCUAAUUUUCUCUUGCUGACGUCCGAACCUUCCAAGUCCGAACAACAGCCAAAUUCAACUUCAAUUAAAUCAAAAUACAUAUAUUCCCUUGUCCUACUCAUCAUACAGGAAAAAAACUUAAACUAAAUUCGUCGUCCCAUAUUUCAAAAAAGUUGAAAUCCUCGUUACUCUCUCUCUCUCCCUCUCUUCCUACAGAACCGCAUUUCUUCUAAAGAUAAAACUUCACAAAGUCAACAAAGACUGAUUUGAAAAAUAACGAAUUUUCCCUUCUCUUCCUCCUCCUCCUCCUCCACUCUCUCCCCUCUCCUCUUCUCCUCCUUCCCUCUCCUCUCAUUCCUGAUGGGCAGAUUUCCCAGGCGUGUCUGGAGCUCCAGGAUCUUUGUCAGUCCACUUUCCCCAACACAGUCAUUCCGUCAGAACGGUACGUGGAUCCUCCUCCUCCUGCCAUCACCGCAGCGAACGCGAGCAGCUGUGGCGGACACAGCGUCCAGAUGCGCACCGCUCACUACCAGGCUGCUGACACUUCCUGCAGCAUCCAGCUGCAGGGAGACGCGUUCAACGACACCCAGACGCAUUUUGGGGGCAUGUGGUUUCACAACAACAACAACAACAACAACCACAGCAUCGGUGGUGGCAGCGUCUACAAUAUCAACCCCACAAAACAACAACAACAACAACAAAAGCAGCGGCAGCGGCAGCUCCCUGUCUCCCUCCCAUUCCUUCCCUCUGAACUGGUACUAUGGACUGUCUUCAGAUGCGGACUACUAUGGACAUGGAACGGCUCCAGUUUUUCCGGCUGAGAUUCAGAAGCUCUGCAGCCCCCUGGACUGUAACAGCUACUCGCCACAGGACUCCUUCUCCUCCUCUUCUUCUUCCUGCUAUGAUUCACCCACCAGAAUAGAGUCCAGUCACCAGAGCUUUGCCUCGGAGCAAUACCAGCACUACCAGCAGUGCAACCACCAGGACUGUUACUGCCUGCCCCACUGCUGGUCAGGGCAACAGGACGGCUUCUCUGGCCCCGAGUGCACGUCCUAUUCCAGCAGCACAGACUAUCCCUACACCUGCCUGGUGGAGGAGAACUACAGGAGAGAUUUGCAGAUGAGCCCAGAGAUGUGUUACAAUGUGCUAUGAUGUGACCUCCGCCAGCGCUGUGGUGUCCCGGCCUGUACAUACGUCGUUUUCCCCAUUUCUCUGCUCUUACUGCUCCGUGCUUCUGCAGAAUGAGAACGAAUGGCGACCGCUGUGUAAAUGAAGAGAUUUUUGUAUCGUGUUCUAUGUUUUUUUGUUUUGUUUUUUCCCCCCUGUGUUUUAAUAGGUAGAUUUAUUUUCUUACACGUGAUUUGUUCCAGUACUAAAUAAAGUGUUGAACGCACAACUUCUGUCCCUGUGCUUUAGAUUCCAUCAAAAUAAUAAAACCUGAAAAUCAAUGGAAUUCAAUGACCAAACAUACACAUACACCUGGUGUGUAAGGUAGUAAUACUCAAAUAUACACUCAAAUA